UUUUUUUAGUUAGGCACUAAAAAGUCACACUUGAAAACGGGUGUGGUCCUCUCCAUAAAUGGAGAAAAUCUUAAUUCUGCAGGUUGAUUGGCUGUGCCUUGCCUUCUAUUGGCCAACGAUGAUGAGCCGUCUUCAGGUUCCAGAACUUUCUGCGGUGAGUAGGUUGUUUUAGAGGUUUGCUCUUAUAAUUGCUGUUUCACGUUCAAUUAAAACAUGUAUAUUAAAAAGUAUAGAUUGUUGUUGCUUGUAGUGGAUGUAAAAGUAGCCAUUCAUGUCCUUUAGUGGGAUUUCAGGUGUGCAUAAUAAUUCAGGCUGAAGCCGUUGUACUCACGGUUAGAUCUUAACUUUAUGCAGGCUGCUUUAUCACGUACAGUCACGUUAUACUCUAAUAAAUUUUAAACUGAAGUCGCGAUUAGAAGAAUUACGAUUCAAGUCGCAAAAGCUGCGAUUAUUUCGAUAAAUAACGUUACUGUGGCGAGGGCGGCCCAUUAAAACAUGCUACUAACUAUCGUCAACGUACUUAAUCAGCAGCUGACCGUUACAGCAGAACCCACGAGCCUGUAUUUCACUGAUAUGGACAUGAAAUGAGAGCUGUGAGCUACAGGUCUGCAUUCCCGCGGCCCGCGGCUGUACUGAAGCUGAGAGCGAGACGGUGUGUGUGUGUGUGUGUGUGUGUGUGUGUGUGUGUGUGUGUGUGUUAGACAUUUGACCUGCUUGCUUAAGGUAACGUGUCCUCUCGGCUAUUACAGUGAGUCUUGUGGUUAGACACACAUGAGCAUGUUACCCUGCAGCUGGAGUUUUCUUUACCGCGUUUAUCAUGAAUCAGCUGUGAUAUCCGCGCAUUUAAGACUUUAACCGUGGCCGUUUGUCCGUAUCACCGUCACUCCGAUGAAUAACUCGAGCCGCGGUAACCGCAGUCGAGAAGAAUCGCAGCCCUUUCUGUUGCGUGUGGGAACAUAAUGACCGAUUAUAGGUGUUUAAGAACUUAUUCGACAGCGCUAAAAAAGCAAGCGAAAUUAUAUUUAUUACAUUAGUUUAUUUGUUGUAAAUGCUCUUGUCCUGUGCAUGUAGGUUAGCCUUGUUUCAAGAACAGUGUUUUCUUUCAGCAGGUAAAAUAAACGAACAAAUGACAUGUAAAUGUAUAAACUAUACAUUCUUUUGCUAGAAUUUUUGUGCUGGGAAGUAAAAUCUAAAAUUGUGUAUAGAAAGCAUUGAAAGUGCACUGCGAAUGUCGUGAAAUCAAUAUAAAAAAUGUUACACAAUCUAAAUGUACAGGUUUUAUACAUGUUUAUUUAAUAUUGCAGAUAGAAUUUAUGUAAUUGACAUUAAAAUACAAUAGUCAUUUCCCUAGUACAAAUGUGCUUUUUAUGCGACAUGAUUGUUUCUACUUUUAUCUUUUUAGAACUUUCACCAGCCUAUCCAUCCUGUGUCAGAGAGACUCACCAGAUAUUCCAGAUUCUUCACUGCACUUUGCAUCUUGGUGAGUGUUGGAUAACAUUUUUAUUUCAAAAAUUGAGAAAACAAUAGUUGUUGCUUUGACCUAAUUUGUUCUAUUUUCUUUAUUUUUCAGGUUUCUUGUGAAAAAUAAAACAACUACUUCUGUUGUUUUAUUUUUCAGUGCUCUCCAUAUUUACAGGGAUUACGUUUCUUUUGUUUUAAUAAACUUAGAAUUUUGUAAUUUAUAUUUUCUUUUUUUUUUCUGCAUUUUUUUUUCCUUAACUUUUUUUUUUUUUGUUUGUUUAAAAAAAAAAAAUAAAUUAAAUUACACACUGUACUGUCUUCUAUAGUUGCUAACCUCUGUUUUCUUCCAGAUACUACAGGUUUCAUUUUCUCAAGUUCUGCAGUGCUUACAUCGGGGGAAGUUUUAAAAGAGACUCGUCAGAUAUUCCGGAUUCUUCAGAUACUACUGGUUUUCAUCUUGUCAGGUUCUGCAGUGCUUUCAUCGGGGGAAGUUUUAAAGAUGCCACGAAAAGGGAAGAGAUCUCAGGCUCAGAAAUUGCGCUGGAGAAAGGUAGACCUUCAAGAUGUAGAAACCACCAUUUCCAGCAUUAAAGAGGUUGAACAGGCCAGUACCAGUGCUGCUGUCAAUUCCUUUUCUGUGAGCCAACAUGCAGAAAGUUGUGGCAAUGCAACCACAUUUGUGUCAGUGCAAGCGUCUCAUUGUCAGGAUGAUGUUAGAUAUGACGAGUUCUCCAGAAAUCACCAGUGCACAUGUGUAUCACUGACAUUCUUGGCCAGUCAGAGUGCAGGGCUUCAGUUUAAGAUAUCCGAUCUUGAUAGAGUUUUAGAGGAGGGGGAUGCUUUGUAUGUCAGCACUAAAAUGCAGCUUAUCGCUGAAAGAAGAUUCCGUCAGAACCAUCUAUCUAUGGAGGAAGUACCUUCUAAACUUACAACAUUUAACCAAACAUACAAUGUCCACAAGUCUGAAGUCAAACUUGGAUUUCUUCGAGCCAGAAGUGCCCCUGAUAUGGAAAAUUGGUUUUUGCCUCUUGCCAAAAGACUGCAGUGUCUCACAGCAGAUGUCACUCACGCACUUUUAAUAGUUUCUCGACAAUGUAUUGCAGUGUUUAGAGAUGGAUCAGGCAGAUAUGGAUUCUUUGAUCCACAUUCAAGGACUGCAAAAGGAUUACCUGAUUGUACUGGUUGUGGAACUGCUGUGAUGUUAACUUUUCCCCUACUAAGUGACAUGACUGACCAAAUUCUGCAGCUUUUUGGGAAAUGCCCUGAUAAUGAAAACUAUGAAUUCAUGCCGGUCUCUUUUGAAACAGAGCAACAGGCUGGCCAACAGCCUUUACUCUCAACUUGUGCUCAAUUUUCACAAGUAAUUUCAGUUCUACCUGAACCAGAAGAAAAUAUUGACGUCCAAAAUGGUAUAGCCCAAGAAAACAAAGCCAUGAUGUCCAAAAAAAAUAAGUCCAGAAGAAGAAGAGAAAUGCGAAAAACAACUGAAAAAUUCAAAUCUAGAAAAUCCAAGAACACCACUGCAUCCUAUGCAAUGAAAAAACACAAACAAAGAGAUAAUGAAAGGGACCGGUAUGCCGCCUGUUUACAGUUUCGGACAAACAAAAAAGAAGCUGUUAGGGAAAAGUACAGCCAGGAUGCUCAUUUUAGAAACAAAAAGAAAGACUGCAGUAAUAGACGGUACAAAGAUGAGAUUGUUCUGUCAAAGAAGAAAGAAUACAUGGCUAGGAGGUAUACCACAGAUCCAGUUGUACAGUCAAAGAAGAAGGAAUACAUGGCUAAGAGGUAUACCACAGAUCCAGUUGUAAAGUCAAAGAAGAAAGAAUACAUGACUAGGAGGUACAGUUACGACACCAUCUUCCAGGCAAAAAAAAGAGCACACAUGGUCAGCAGGUACAGUACUGAUACUGCUUUCCAGAAAAAAAUGAAGGAAUACAUGAUGAGGAGAUAUGGAAAUGAUUCUGAGUUCAGAGCACAUCACAUUCUCCAAUGUACCCUCCAUAAGAAACAGAAGCUUCCUAAUAACACUACACGUAUUCAUCAGUUGCAAUGUGCACUGAGGAUUAAAAGGAAAUACAAGAUGUGCAUCCGCUCCAGCUUGGAAACACCCCAGCCUUUGGUCAGUAAAGUGAUGGAAAGUGCAAUUCAUGCAUUCCGGUCUAAAAUCCAGCAAGGUCCUACAUACGUCUGCACAGUCUGCCACAGAGUCCUCUUUCCAGACCAAGUCAAGGCCUGUGAUGGAUCGAAUUAUGAAAAAGAUGUUCAACUUUCAUCAUUUUGCUUGACAAGGAAGUAUGUGCAUACUUGCGACAGUGUCUGCUCAGAUGAUUGCACCGUUCCAGAAGAGAGAAGACGUGAAUGGAUCUGCCACACAUGUGACAGCCAUCUGAAAAGAGGACGCAUGCCUUCAAUUGCAGCAGUAAACAAGCUUGAACUGCCACCUAUCCCUGCAGAAUUGGCUGAGCUAAAUGUGCUGGAACGUCAGCUUAUUGCAAAAAUUUUACCUUUCGCAAAAAUAGUUGCACUGCCCAAAGGACAACAGAGAGCAGUUCACGGUGCUGUUGUGUGUGUGCCUUCGGAGGUGGAGAACACUGUCAACUCUCUGCCAAGACCAAGAAGCGAGUCCCAGCUCCUACAAGUCAAGCUAAAGAGACAUGUCAGUUUUAAAGGAUACCAGCACUUCCAUACUGUAAAUAUGCACAGCGUACUGGCAGCUUUAUCCAAGCUGAAGGAAGUGCAUUCUGAGUACAAGGAUAUCUCCAUACAAGAGCCUGAGGUAUCUGAAGAUCAGUUUGACGAAGACAUUGAUGCAGCAGAGGAUAACCAAGAAGUUGGCACUGCUGAGCACGAGGAGCAACAUGUCAGUGUGGAGGAAAAGGAUGAACUUCGCCCCGGUCUUACAUUGGACACGUGCAUGCAGCCACCAGACAUUGCACAUGACAUCUUGUCGUACGGUGAAGGGAUCUUUAGUAUCGCACCUGCACAAGGAAAGAAGCCUGUUGGAUUUUUUAAAAUCCCAAAACUGGAAGCCAUGGCAUUCCCUGUCCAGUUCCCCACAGGAGAGAACACAAUCGACGAGGCAAGGCAGACAGCAGUUUCUCCUAGCAUGUACUUCAACGUCAGAUUGUUUUGUGUUGAUGCCCGAUUUGCAAGGGAUCAAAGCUACCUUUUCUUUGCACAAUUUGUGACAGAAACGCAACUGGCAAGAAACAGCAUGUCCAUUCAACUUCGAAAAGGUAAACCCAUUACUAAAGAUGGCCGAAGAAUCUCCAAUAGGAUGCUUCAGGAUUCCGAUGAGGUUGAGAGACUUGUUCACAACAGGGAUGCCACACGAUUCAUGCAGCCCCUGAGAGGCUCUCCAGCCUAUUGGGAGAAGACGUUGCGAGAUCUACAGGCCAUGAUUCGACAGCUGGGGACACCUACUUUCUUUUGUACAUUCAGUGCAGCAGAAAUGCGAUGGCCUGAGAUUGUGACUGUAAUCAAAGCUCAACAAGGCGAAGAAAUUGACUUUUCACAGCUUGACUGGGCGACAAAAUGUGAAAUCCUUAGGAGUAAUCCUGUCACUGUCAUGCGCAUGUUUGAGAAGCGUGUAGAUGCAUUAAUGGCUCACCUGCUUUUGUCACCUGCACAACCCAUUGGUGAAGUGGAGGAUUUCUUUUAUAGAGUGGAGUUUCAGGCAAGAGGAAGCCCACAUAUUCAUCUGCUUGCUUGGGUAAAGGAUGCCCCAGAUCCAGAGGAAGACAAUGAUGAGACAAUAUGUGACUUCAUCGACCGUUACGUAUCUUGCAAGCUUCCAGAUCCCAAUGUUGAUCCUGAGCUUCAUAAGAUUGUGACAGAGGUUCAGCUUCAUAGCAAAAACCACUCAAAGUCAUGCAAGAAAGGCAAGGUGGUGUGUAGAUUUGGAUUUCCAAAACUACCAAUGCCUAAGACCAUGAUCACUCAUCCGAUGCCAGAGCGUCCUGAUGAGGGGGAUGAUGAACCGACUGACUCAGCAGCCAAGAAAAAAGCAAGGCGAGAUGAGGCUAAAAAAGCAAUGAAUGAAGCCAAAUCAAAACUCAAGCCUUUGUGGGAUUUGCUGAAUGAUCCCAAAUCUUCCUUCAACAAUUUGUCAGACCUUCUAACCAAGUGCAAUUUGUCCAUGGACGAUUACCUGAACUAUGCUGAAGGACUCACCACUGGCAGUGCAGUUCUUUUGAAGCGUGAUCCAAAGGAGACUUGGGUGAAUGGCUACAAUCCUGAUUUGCUCAGGGCGUGGAAUGCGAACAUGGAUAUUCAGUACAUCCUAGACGCUUACAGCUGCAUCAUGUAUAUGCUGUCCUACGUUUCAAAGCCGGAGCAUGAAAUGAGUGGCUUUCUUAAGAACGUUAUCCAAAGUGUUCGUGAAGCCAACGUUAAUGAAGAGGAUGAAAUGAAGCACAUAAUGCAAGCCUAUGCCAAGCACCGGCAAGUAAGUGCUCAGGAGUCUGUGGCGCGAACAUGCAGCUUGCCGUUGAAGAAGUGUUCACGAAGUGUCGUGUUUGUUCCGACGGAUGACGAUGCCCUCAAGAUGAGUCUGCCCAUAAGUGUGUUGCUGAACAAAAAUCCUGAAUCGGAGGACGUCUGGAUGUCAGGUUUAAUAGAAAAAUAUAGAGCAAGACCUCUAACGUUGGAGUUUGAAAAAAUGUGUCUUGCAGACUUUGCAUCCAAUUACCGUGUUGUGUACGGUCAACAAAUUAAAGGAAAAAAUGUCCUCCGACUGCUUCACGAUAUGGGAUUUAUUCAAAAGAGGACUAUCGGCAAGCCUGCAGUUAUCAGAUAUGCUCGCUUUUCAGAGGAGAAGCAACCAGAAAAAUUUUAUGGAAGAAUGGUGAAACUUUACGUUCCCCAUCGCCACAAUGAAGAGCUAAAACCUGAGGAUUUUCCCACAUAUCAGCUAUUUUAUAAAAGCGGAUUUGUGGAACUUCCUGGACAUCCUGGUCUCCGGUUCCCUGUCUGCGGCAUAGUAAAGGCAUACCAGCAGAGAUAUGAAAAGCAUGGCAAAGUUGUAGAUAAAGCAUUUGAACAACUUCAGCAGGAAGGACCAUCUGAGAGUGCUUGGACAGCUUUUGCACCAGAAGUUGAAGUGGAUCGCCUGGAAUGCAUAGCUGAACAAGAAGACGUCGGUCCAGAGGAAGAUGACGAACAGGAUGAGGUCCCUGAAUUCCAGCCUCGUAAUGAAGAUGGCGACGGAGUUGCACCGCGCAUAGUGGCGCCACAGAUGAGUGUCGAGUUUGUCAGGAAGCUCUUUAGGAGUUUAAACAAGACACAGGCAGCCAUAUUUUACACCAUUCGGCGGUGGUGUCAGAACCGUGUGUGGGGACUGAAUCCAGAACAGUUUUUUUACUUCGUGUCAGGUGGUGCUGGAUGUGGAAAGUCGCACGUAAUCAAGUGCGUAUACACUGAAGCAACGAAGAUUCUGCAACAACUUCCUCAGCUCCGGGAGGAUGGGGAUCUCUCCAUUCCUACAGUGAUUUUAAGUGCAUUCACUGGAACAGCAGCGUUUAACAUUUCUGGAAAAACUCUGCAUUCCAUUCUAAAGCUGCCAAGGAACUUGAAGCCACCCUAUCAAGGACUUGGGAACUCUCUUGAUGAUGUACGAGCAGGAUUACGUCACGUGGAAAUCCUGAUUAUUGACGAAAUCUCUAUGAUUUCAAAAGACUUUUUUGCAUACAUCAACUGGAGGUUUCAACAGAUCAGAGGCAGCAAGAAACCAUUUGGGGGCAUUUCUGUCAUCGUGGUGGGAGACUUUUAUCAAUUACCGCCCCCGGGAAAAGCCAAGCCACUCUGUGUUUACGAAGAGGAUGUGCUGGACUUUUGGAAGGACCACUUCCAAAUCGUAACCCUCACAGAGAUCAUGCGGCAGAAAGAGGACCUUGCAUUUGCCCAGCUUUUAAACCGAUUGAGAGUGAAACGGAAAUCUGAUGCUCUUAAAGAAGAAGAUAGAGCUUUGUUAUUGCAAGCUGUGAGGAAUCCCCAAGACUGCCCACGUGAUGCAUUGCACAUAUUUGCAACCAACAAGGAAGUCCACAGUCACAAUAGUAACACGGUAAAUGCUCUUCAUGCUGACAUCAUAACCAUUCAUGCUGAAGAUUACCGGAAAGACCCAAGAACAGGUGGGAUGAAAAGACAGACUAAACCUGUCAUGGGUAAUAAAGACGACCUGCUUGACACCAUACAAGUUGCAGUGGGAGUCCGCAUAAUGAUGAUAAGGAAUCUGGAUGUCGAAGAUGGACUCGUCAAUGGAUGCUUUGGGAACAUUGGAAACAUUGUGACUAAAACAAGAGACGGAAUUGCAUUUGUGCACAUGCUUGGCAUUCAGCCCGACAAUCCAAAUGCUGGCCAGAAAUACAGACGACGACUGCAAGGUGAUCAGGACACUUUAGUCUACAUUGAAAGAUCUGAGGAACCUGUAAAGAAAAGAGCAGUCCGUCGACAAUUUCCAAUCAAGUUGGCCUACGCAUGCACUGCUCACAAAGUUCAAGGCAUGACCAUGCAAUCGGCUGUAGUAUCACUAAAGAGGAUUUUUGAGCCAGGAAUGGCCUAUGUUGCCCUCAGCCGAACAACCUCACUUGGUGGGUUGUACAUCAGAGACUUUGAUGAAAAAAAGAUCUAUGCUGAUCCGGAAAUCACAACCUCGUUGGAGAGGAUGAAAACGGCAACGCUGGAAGGCAUCAUGCCACUUUUUGACUGGAAGAAAACCAACACCAGUCUGGUAGAAAAACUAAUUGUUGUGCAUCAUAACACAGAGGGACUCCAAUCACAUAUAGAAGACAUCAAACACCAUCAUGAGCUGCUUCUAUGUGAUAUCUUUUGUGUUACGGAAACGCACCUCUCCGGAUCAUGCAUCUCAUCACAUGUCCAGUUGGAAGGCUUUAAGAUGUUUGCAAGAAAUAGACAUGCGUCUUACUCAACCCUUCCAGAAAUGGCAAAGAAGGACUGUGGUGGAGUUGCAAUUUAUUGCAAAGAGGACAUUCAGGCGGAACCUCGACACUUUAUACACCACGUCACCGACCUGGAGUUUGUCGUCAUCAAAGUUGAUGCACCAGUGACUGCAACAAUUGCUGCGGUGUACAGGCCACCAGACUAUAGUCUGGAAAAAUUUUUGCCAAACAUCAGGGGCCUUCUUGAUUAUUUGGAAAUGAUGAAGGAGAAUCCCAUAAUUGUCUGUGGAGACUUCAACGAAGACCACCUCUCGUCUGGAAGAAAGCCCAUUCUGGAGUUGUUCCAAUCCCAACAAUACCAACAGCUCAUCACCAAUGCAACCACAGAGAAACAAACACUGUUGGAUCAUAUUUAUGUUUCUCAUCCAGACUUGUGCAUGCAGUCAGGUGUUUUACACACCUACUAUAGCUAUCACAAUCCAGUGUAUUGUGUUUUGCCUAAAUAAUUCAGCCAACAAUCCAAAUGCUGGCCAAAAAUACAUACGCAACUGCAAGGUGAAGAGGACACUUAACUCUACAUCGAAAGAGCAGAGGAAACUCUAAAGAAAGGAGCAGUUCGUCAACAAUUUCUAAUCAAGAUGGCUAACACAUGCACAAAGUUCAAGGCAUGGCCAUGCAAUCGGCUGUCAAAAAUCACAACCGCGUUGGAGAGGACAAAAAAUGGCAACGCUGGAAGGCAUCAUGCUACUUUUUGACUGGAAAAAACCAACAACAGUCUGAAAGAAAAGCUUAUCGUUGUGCAUCAUAAAGCAGAGGAACUCCCAUCACAUAUAGAGGACAUAAAACACCAUCACCAAACAUCAGGGGCCUACUUAAUUAUUUGGAAAUGAUGGAGAAUCCCAUAAUUGUCUGUGGAGACUUCACCAAAGACCACCUCUUGUCUGGAAGAAAGCCCAUUCUGGAGUUGUUCCAAUCCCUACUAUACAAACAGCUCAUCUCCAUGGCCACCACAAAGAAACGAACAUUGGCCUACGUCUUUGACAUGAAGUCAGUGUGCCACACAGAACCGGGAGACAAAAGACCUGGAUAGAGCCUGAUUAUCAGCCACUCGUCUUUUACUUGGUGGUGUGUGCACAGUUGCGUGAAGGCGGUGUGUCGUACCUGAGGUGGAUGCUGUGUGAUGAGAGUAGAGUAGGGUCAGCAGCAAGGGACAUCAGGAGGAUAUUGUGGCAUCUUCAAAGUUUACAAAGGGCAGUGACAGCAGCAACAGUUGUGGCGAUGCUGGUUCGAGCCUCAGCUGGGUCAGUUGGUGUUUCUGUGUGGAAGAUGCAAGAACAGGAUGGAUGAAAAGGCAAACUAACCCUGUCAUGGGUAAAAAAGACAACCUGCUAGGCACCAUACAAGUUGCAUUGAUUGGGAGUCUGCAUAAUGUUGAUAUUGUGGCAUCUUCAAAGUUUACAAAGGGCAGUGACAGCAGCAACAGUUGUGGCGAUGCUGGUUCGAGCCUCAGCUGGGUCAGUUGGUGUUUCUGUGUGCAAGAUGCAAGAACAGGAUGGAUGAAAAAGCAAACUAACCCUGUCAUGGGUAAAAAAAGACAACCUGCUAGGCACCAUACAAGUUGCAUUGAUAGGGAGUCUGCAUAAUGUUGAUCAAAAAUGUGGAUGUCAAAGAUGGACUUGUCAAUGGAUGCUUUGGAAACAUUGGAAACAUUGUGACCAAAACAAAAUACAGACUUGCAUUUGUGCACAUGCUUGGAAAUCAGUCGACAAUCCAAAUGCUGGCCAGAAAUACAUACGACAACAACUGCAAGGUGAAGAGGACACUUUACAUCAAAAGAUCAGAGGAAACUCUUAAGAAAGAAGCAGUCUGUCAACAAUUUCCAAUCAAGAUGGCUUACGCAUGCACCACUCACAAAGUUCAAGGCAUGACCAUGCAAUCGGCUGUCAAAAAUCACAACCGCGUUGGAGAGGACAAAAAAUGGCAACGCUGGAAGGCAUCAUGCUACUUUUUCACUGGAAAAAAAACCAACAACAGUCUGAAAGAAAAGCUUAUCGUUGUGCAUCAUAAAGCAGAGGAACUCCCAUCACAUAUAGAGGACAUAAAACACCAUCACCAAACAUCAGGGGCCUACUUAAUUAUUUGGAAAUGAUGGAGAAUCCCAUAUUUGUCUGUGGAGACUUCACCAAAGACCACCUCUUGUCUGGAAGAAAGCCCAUUCUGGAGUUGUUCCAAUCCCCACUAUACAAACAGCUCAUCUCCAUGGCCACCACAAAGAAACGAACACUGGCCUACGUCUUUGACAUGAAGUCAGUGUGCCACACAGAACCGGGAGACAAAAGACCUGGAUAGAGCCUGAUUAUCAGCCACUCGUCUUUUACUUGGUGGUGUGUGCACAGUUGCGUGAAGGCGGUGUGUCGUACCUGAGGUGGAUGCUGUGUGAUGAGAGUAGAGUAGGGUCAGCAGCAAGGGACAUCAGGAGGAUAUUGUGGCAUCUUCAAAGUUUACAAAGGGCAGUGACAGCAGCAACAGUUGUGGCGAUGCUGGUUCGAGCCUCAGCUGGGUCAGUUGGUGUUUCUGUGUGCAAGAUGCAAGAACAGGAUGGAUGAAAAAGCAAACUAACCCUGUCAUGGGUAAAAAAAGACAACCUGCUAGGCACCAUACAAGUUGCAUUGAUUGGGAGUCUGCAUAAUGUUGAUCAAAAAUGUGGAUGUCAAAGAUGGACUUGUCAAUGGAUGCUUUGGAAACAUUGUGACCAAAACAAAAUACAGACUUGCAUUUGUGCACAUGCUUGGAAAUCAGUCGACAAUCCAAAUGCUGGCCAGAAAUACAUACGACAACAACUGCAAGGUGAAGAGGACACUUUACAUCAAAAGAUCAGAGGAAACUCUUAAAAAAGAAGCAGUCUGUCAACUAUUUCCAAUCAAGAUGGCUUACGCAUGCACCACUCACAAAGUUCAAGGCAUGACCAUGCAAUCGGCUGUCAAAAAUCACAACCACGUUGGAGAGGACAAAAAAUGGCAACGCUGGAAGGCAUCAUGCUACUUUUUCACUGGAAAAAAACCAACAACAGUCUGAAAGAAAAGCUUAUCGUUGUGCAUCAUAAAGCAGAGGGACUCCCAUCACAUAUAGAGGACAUAAAACACCAUCACCAAACAUCAUGGGCCUACUUAAUUAUUUGGAAAUGAUGGAGAAUCCCAUAAUUGUCUGUGGAGACUUCACCAAAGACCACCUCUUGUCUGGAAGAAAGCCCAUUCUGGAGUUGUUCCAAUCCCUACUAUACAAACAGCUCAUCUCCAUGGCCACCACAAAGAAACGAACAUUGGCCUACGUCUUUGACAUGAAGUCAGUGUGCCACACAGAACCGGGAGACAAAAGACCUGGAUAGAGCCUGAUUAUCAGCCACUCGUCUUUUACUUGGUGGUGUGUGCACAGUUGCGUGAAGGCGGUGUGUCGUACCUGAGGUGGAUGCUGUGUGAUGAGAGUAGAGUAGGGUCAGCAGCAAGGGACAUCAGGAGGAUAUUGUGGCAUCUUCAAAGUUUACAAAGGGCAGUGACAGCAGCAACAGUUGUGGCAACGCUGGUUCGAGCCUCAGCUGAGUCAGUUGGUGUUUCUGU